CCGAAAUGUCGAAGGAAGCCACCAUCAAAGAAGAUCCUUCAGAGACUGAAAAAUCAAUAAACGAAGAAUAUAUUACUCCACCUGACGGAGGCCGGGGAUGGUUUGUUGUAACAGCUUCAUUUAUGGGUAUGUUUGCAAUAUUCGGGUACAAUUACAGUUGGGGUGUAUUUCUCAAUUAUUAUAAAACACACGUAUAUGUUGGCGAAAUGAGCACCUUAUCUUGGGUCGGUUCUAUUUGUGUAGCCCUGUUUUUCAUUACAGGUCCCAUCAAUCAAUUGGUCAUUGAAAAGAUGGGUUACAAAUACAUGUUAGCUACAGGCACUGUUUUGUGUACGGCUGCCUUAAUUUUAGCUAGUUUCGCUACACAAGUUUGGCAUGUACUUUUAACUCAGGGUGUUAUGUUCGGUCUGGGUGCUUCUUUUGUAAGUCUACCUUGUAUUGGUGCACCGCAACAAUGGUUUUCAGAAAGAAGAGGAUUGGCUGUUGGCUUAGCAUUCGCAGGUUCAGGUGUAGGUGGACUUGUCAUUUCCAAUAUCAGUAUGGCGGCCAUCAAUUCCAUUGGUUACCGUUGGGCUCUUCGUAUCGAUGGUAUUAUUGUGUUUGUGUUACUAUCAUUUGCUACAUGCUUUGUACGUCCUUUUGGCGAUGUUAAGAAAACAGGAGGCGGAAGAAAAGUUAUCAAUUGGUACUUGUUUAAAAAUCCAAUGUUUACUGUUAUGUUCUUUCAUGGUUUGAUUACUACAUUUGGCUAUAUGACCCCCUUCUUUUUAUUACCUUCUCAUGCCAAUGCACUUGGUUUAGAUCCUUGGGUUGGUACGAAUCUUUCAGCAAUUAUGUCGGCCGUCAAUGCCGUAGCAAGAGUAUGCACUGGCUAUAUGGGAGAUAAAUUCGGUCGAUUUAAUAGUUUGUUUCUUUGCACAUUCAUGUGUGGCUUAACUUGUCUUUUGAUCUGGACAAAUGUCCAUAACGAAGCAACGCUUUGGAUAUUUGCAGUAUUGUAUGGUUUCUUUGGUGGUGGUUAUGUAGCUUUGUUUCCUACUGUACAACCUCAAAUUGUUGGCUUGGAACAUAUUGGGCCUGCUGUGGGUUUGCUUUACACCACUAAUAUUUUUGGUUAUCUGUUUGGUACACCUAUUGCCUCCCAAUUAAUUAACAAGACUUCUCCACCAAACUAUGUGAAUGGUGCUCUAUGGGCUGGUUGUACAAUCAUUGUAGGCUCUCUUUUUGCUGGCUGGGUCCGUGUUUUAAAAGGUGGUUGGAAAUGGGUCAAGGUUUAAAAUUGGCACACAGCUGCGCGUUUAAUAAAAAU